CGUACCUUAUUAUUCAUGAAACUCUGGUGAAGUGGUCGCACUAUUCACUAUGGGGAGAAAGUAUUACUGUGAUUUCUGUGAUAAAAGAAUUCAAAACGAUUCUCUCAUCAUAAAAAAGCACACUGAAGGACUGCCACACCUCCGCGCUAAAGCUGAACAUUUUGAACAAUUCAAAGAUUUGGAACAAAUCGUUCAAGAAUCAAAGGGCAAAACACCCUGUCGCUCGCUACAAACCGGGAACGAGUGCAUGUUCGGUGCAUUGUGCAGGUUCGGCCAUUACACAGACAAACAGUUGUGGGAAAUCCAGCAACACUGCACUGCAAACACUCUUUCAUAAAAGCCUCAGAGAGUUGUGGAGGUAACAUCGUCGAUGCCAUGGACAAGAAUGGUGGGUGGAAGAUCAAAUGUCAGCUCAGUGAGCAAAUCAAGAUAGUGGUGACACUUUUCUUCAUAAUCGAUUGAUGCUGUCGCGGGAGGAAUCGGAAGGUACAUAAAGGUCACGGCCGUUGCGUUGGACUUCUCGCGAAUAAUAUGAUUAAUUCUGAAGAAUACGAACACAGUUGCGAUAUUGGUAAAUGUUCGCAAUCUUGCAACAUGAUUGUACUCACCUUUGCAUGUACAGUUUCGAGCGGUUAAUGUUUUCUUCCGUCAUCGCUCGGUUACUACUGCUUUUUCCGGUAAAUGGUUUCAAUAUACUCCGAUAUUUGACAAAAUCAAUAUCUUUGUUCCAUUCGGGUAUCUGAUGGGAAUUCAUAUAAGAGAACAAAAAUUGUCGAUACAAACAAUAAUGCUGCUUUGUAGUAUACCUUGUGAAUCGAAGCUGAUAUUCUCAAUAGCUUCAACCGUUGAUCAAGUCUGUGUUCCGCUGGACGUUCGAAGU